AUGAGAGGAGACGAGAGGAGCCGAGAGGAGACGAGAGGAGACGAGAGGAGCCGAGAGGAGACGAGAGGAGCCGAGAGGAGACGAGAGGAGCCCAGAGGAGACGAGAGGAGACGAGAGGAGACGAGAGGAGACGAGAGGAGACGAGAGGAGACGAGUGGAGCCGAGAGGAGCCGAGAGGAGCCGAGAGGAGACGAGAGGAGCCGAGAGGAGACGAGAGGAGCCGAGAGGAGACGAGAGGAGACGAGAGGAGCCGAGAGGAGACGAGAGGAGACGAGAGGAGACGAGAGGAGACGAGAGGAGACGAGUGGAGACGAGAGGAGACGAGAGGAGACGAGUGGAGCCGAGAGGAAACGAGAGGAGCAGGGAGGAGACGAGAGGAGACGAGAGGAGACGAGUGGAGACGAGAGGAGACGAGAGGAGCCGAGAGGAGACGAGAGGAGACGAGAGGAGCCGAGAGGAGACGAGAGGAGCCGAGAGGAGACGAGAGACGUCCCAGAGGAGACGAGAGGAGACGAGAGGAGACGAGAGGAGCCGAGAGGAGACGAGAGGAGCCGAGAGGAGACGAGAGGAUCCGAGAGGAGACGAGAGGAGACGAGAGGAUCCGAGAGGAGACGAGAGGAGACGAGAGGAGCCGAGAGGAGACGAGAGGAGACGAGAGGAGACGAGAGGAGACGAGAGGAGACGAGUGGAGACGAGAGGAGACGAGAGGAGACGAGUGGAGCCGAGAGGAAACGAGAGGAGCAGGGAGGAGACGAGAGGAGACGAGAGGAGACGAGUGGAGACGAGAGGAGACGAGAGGAGCCGAGAGGAGACGAGAGGAGACGAGAGGAGCCGAGAGGAGACGAGAGGAGCCGAGAGGAGACGAGAGACGUCCCAGAGGAGACGAGAGGAGACGAGAGGAGACGAGAGGAGCCGAGAGGAGACGAGAGGAGACGAGAGACGUCCCAGAGGAGACGAGAGGAGACGAGAGGAGACGAGAGGAGACGAGAGGAGACGAGAGGAGACGAGAGGAGACGAGAGGAGACGAGAGGAGACGAGAGGAGACGAGAGGAUCCGAGAGGAGACGAGAGGAGACGAGAGGAGACGAGAGGAGACGAGAGGAGCCGAGAGGAGACGAGAGGAUCCGAGAGGAGACGAGAGGAGACGAGAGGAUCCGAGAGGAGACGAGAGGAGACGAGAGGAGACGAGAGGAGACGAGAGGAGACGAGAGGAGACGAGAGGAGACGAGAGGAGCAGGGAGGAGCAGGGAACUUCCUCCAAGACUCUUCUCCUUUUGGGAAAUACGUCCCACGCUUCAGCUCAGUCCAGAACCAAGAGGAUCCGUUUGAAAAGCAGGGGACGUCCCCAGAGGAGCCGAGAGGAGACGAGAGGAGACGAGAGGAGACGAGAGGAGCCGAGAGGAGACGAGAGGAGACGAGAGGAGACGAGAGGAGACGAGAGGAGACGAGAGGAGACGAGAGGAGACGAGAGGAGACGAGAGGAGACGAGAGGAGACGAGAGGAGACGAGAGGAGACGAGAGGAGCCGAGAGGAGCCGAGAGGAGACGAGAGGAGCCGAGUGGAGACGAGAGGAGACGAGAGGAGCCGAGAGGAGACGAGAGGAGACGAGAGGAGACGAGAGGAGCCGAGAGGAGACGAGAGGAGCCGAGAGGAGACGAGUGGAGACGAGAGGAGACGAGAGGAGCCGAGAGGAGACGAGAGGAGACGAGAGGAGACGAGAGGAGCCGAGAGGAGACGAGUGGAGCCGAGAGGAGACGAGAGGAGACGAGAGAAGACGAGAGGAGACGAGAGGAGACGAGAGGAGCCGAGAGGAGACGAGUGGAGCCGAGAGGAGACGAGAGGAGACGAGAGGAGACGAGAGGAGCCGAGAGGAGACGAGAGGAGACGAGAGGAGACGAGAGGAGACGAGAGGAGACGAGAGGAGACGAGAGGAGACGAGAGGAGCCGAGAGGAGACGAGUGGAGCCGAGAGGAGACGAGAGGAGACGAGAGGAGACGAGAGGAGCCGAGAGGAGACGAGAGGAGACGAGAGGAGACGAGAGGAGACGAGAGGAGACGAGAGGAGACGAGUGGAGCCGAGAGGAGACGAGAGGAGCCGAGAGGAGACGAGAGGAGACGAGAGGAGACGAGAGGAGACGAGAGGAGACGAGAGGAGACGAGAGGAGACGAGAGGAGACGAGAGGAGCCGAGAGGAGACGAGUGGAGACGAGAGGAGACGAGAGGAGCCGAGAGGAGACGAGAGGAGACGAGAGGAGACGAGAGGAGCCGAGAGGAGACGAGUGGAGCCGAGAGGAGACGAGAGGAGACGAGAGGAGACGAGAGGAGCCGAGAGGAGACGAGACGAGACGAGAGGAGACGAGAGGAGACGAGAGGAGCCGAGAGGAGACGAGAGGAGACGAGAGGAGACGAGAGGAGCCGAGAGGAGACGAGAGGAGCCGAGAGGAGAUGAGAGGAGACGAGAGGAGACGAGAGGAGCCGAGAGGAGACGAGAGGAGCCGAGAGGAGACGAGAGGAGCCGAGAGGAGACGAGAGGAGACGAGAGGAGCCCAGAGGAGACGAGAGGAGACGAGAGGAGCCGAGAGGAGACGAGAGGAGACGAGAGGAGACGAGUGGAGACGAACUUCCUCCAAGACUCUUCUCCUUUUGGGAAAUACGUCCCACGCUUCAGCUCAGUCCAGAACCAAGAGGAUCCGUUUGAAAAGCAGGGGACGAGGAGCCGAGAGGAGACGAGAGGAGCCGAGAGGAGACGAGAGGAGCCGAGAGGAGACGAGAGGAGACGAGAGGAGCCCAGAGGAGACGAGAGGAGACGAGAGGAGCCGAGAGGAGACGAGAGGAGCCGAGAGGGAGACGAGAGGAGACGAGAGGAGACGAGAGGAGCCGAGAGGAGACGAGUGGAGCCGAGAGGAGACGAGAGGAGACGAGAGGGCCGAGAGGAGCCGAGAGGAGACGAGAGGAGACGAGAGGAGACGAGAGGAGACGAGUGGAGCCGAGAGGAGACGAGAGGAGACGAGAGAGGAGACGAGAGGAGCCGAGAGGAGACGAGAGGAGACGAGAGGAGACGAGAGGAGACGAGAGGAGACGAGAGGAGACGAGUGGAGCCGAGAGGAGACGAGAGGAGCCGAGAGGAGACGAGAGGAGACGAGAGGAGACGAGAGGAGACGAGAGGAGACGAGAGGAGACGAGAGGAGACGAGAGGAGACGAGAGGAGCCGAGAGGAGACGAGUGGAGACGAGAGGAGACGAGAGGAGGAGCCGAGAGGAGACGAGAGGAGACGAGAGGAGACGAGAGGAGCCGAGAGGAGACGAGUGGAGCCGAGAGGAGACGAGAGGAGACGAGAGGAGACGAGAGGAGACGAGAGGAGCGACGAGAGGAGACGAGAGGAGCCGAGAGGAGACGAGAGGAGACGAGAGGAGACGAGAGGAGACGAGAGGAGCCGAGAGGAGACGAGAGGAGACGAGAGGAGACGAGAGGAGCCGAGAGGAGACGAGAGGAGCCGAGAGGAGAUGAGAGGAGACGAGAGGAGACGAGAGGAGCCGAGAGGAGACGAGAGGAGCCGAGAGGAGACGAGAGGAGCCGAGAGGAGACGAGAGGAGACGAGAGGAGCCCAGAGGAGACGAGAGGAGACGAGAGGAGCCGAGAGGAGACGAGAGGAGACGAGAGGAGACGAGUGGAGACGAGUGGAGCCGAGAGGAGACGAGAGACGUCCCAGAGGAGACGAGAGGAGACGAGAGGAGACGAGAGGAGACGAGAGGAGACGAGUGGAGACAAGUGGAGCCGAGAGGAGACGAGAGACGUCCCAGAGGAGACGAGAGGAGACGAGAGGAGACGAGAGGAGACGAGAGGAGCCGAGAGGAGACGAGAGUAGACGAGAGGAGCCGAGAGGAGAUGAGAGGAGACGAGAGGAGCCGAGAGGAGACGAGAGGAGACGAGAGGAGCCGAGAGGAGACGAGAGGAGCCGAGAGGAGACGAGAGGAGCCCAGAGGAGACGAGAGGAGACGAGAGGAGACGAGAGGAGACGAGAGGAGACGAGAGGAGACGAGUGGAGCCGAGAGGAGCCGAGAGGAGCCGAGAGGAGACGAGAGGAGCCGAGAGGAGACGAGAGGAGCCGAGAGGAGACGAGAGGAGACGAGAGGAGCCGAGAGGAGACGAGAGGAGACGAGAGGAGACGAGAGGAGACGAGAGGAGACGAGUGGAGACGAGAGGAGACGAGAGGAGACGAGUGGAGCCGAGAGGAAACGAGAGGAGCAGGGAGGAGACGAGAGGAGACGAGAGGAGACGAGUGGAGACGAGAGGAGACGAGAGGAGCCGAGAGGAGACGAGAGGAGACGAGAGGAGCCGAGAGGAGACGAGAGGAGCCGAGAGGAGACGAGAGACGUCCCAGAGGAGACGAGAGGAGACGAGAGGAGACGAGAGGAGCCGAGAGGAGACGAGAGGAGCCGAGAGGAGACGAGAGGAUCCGAGAGGAGACGAGAGGAGACGAGAGGAUCCGAGAGGAGACGAGAGGAGACGAGAGGAGCCGAGAGGAGACGAGAGGAGACGAGAGGAGACGAGAGGAGACGAGUGGAGACGAGAGGAGACGAGAGGAGACGAGUGGAGCCGAGAGGAAACGAGAGGAGCAGGGAGGAGACGAGAGGAGACGAGAGGAGACGAGUGGAGACGAGAGGAGACGAGAGGAGCCGAGAGGAGACGAGAGGAGACGAGAGGAGCCGAGAGGAGACGAGAGGAGCCGAGAGGAGACGAGAGACGUCCCAGAGGAGACGAGAGGAGACGAGAGGAGACGAGAGGAGCCGAGAGGAGACGAGAGGAGACGAGAGACGUCCCAGAGAGGAGACGAGAGGAGACGAGAGGAGACGAGAGGAGACGAGAGGAGACGAGAGGAGACGAGAGGAGACGAGAGGAGACGAGAGGAGACGAGAGGAGACGAGAGGAUCCGAGAGGAGACGAGAGGAGACGAGAGGAGACGAGAGGAGACGAGAGGAGCCGAGAGGAGACGAGAGGAUCCGAGAGGAGACGAGAGGAGACGAGAGGAUCCGAGAGGAGACGAGAGGAGACGAGAGGAGACGAGAGGAGACGAGAGGAGACGAGAGGAGCAGGGAGGAGCAGGGAACUUCCUCCAAGACUCUUCUCCUUUUGGGAAAUACGUCCCACGCUUCAGCUCAGUCCAGAACCAAGAGGAUCCGUUUGAAAAGCAGGGGACGAGGAGCCGAGAGGAGACGAGAGGAGACGAGAGGAGACGAGAGGAGCCGAGAGGAGACGAGAGGAGACGAGAGGAGACGAGAGGAGACGAGAGGAGACGAGAGGAGACGAGAGGAGACGAGAGGAGACGAGAGGAGACGAGAGGAGACGAGAGGAGACGAGAGGAGCCGAGAGGAGCCGAGAGGAGACGAGAGGAGCCGAGUGGAGACGAGAGGAGACGAGAGGAGCCGAGAGGAGACGAGAGGAGACGAGAGGAGACGAGAGGAGCCGAGAGGAGACGAGAGGAGCCGAGAGGAGACGAGUGGAGACGAGAGGAGACGAGAGGAGCCGAGAGGAGACGAGAGGAGACGAGAGGAGACGAGAGGAGCCGAGAGGAGACGAGUGGAGCCGAGAGGAGACGAGAGGAGACGAGAGAAGACGAGAGGAGACGAGAGGAGACGAGAGGAGCCGAGAGGAGACGAGUGGAGCCGAGAGGAGACGAGAGGAGACGAGAGGAGAGAGAGCGAGAGGAGCCGAGAGGAGACGAGAGGAGACGAGAGGAGACGAGAGGAGACGAGAGGAGACGAGAGGAGACGAGAGGAGACGAGAGGAGCCGAGAGGAGACGAGUGGAGCCGAGAGGAGACGAGAGGAGACGAGAGGAGACGAGAGGAGCCGAGAGGAGACGAGAGGAGACGAGAGGAGACGAGAGGAGACGAGAGGAGACGAGAGGAGACGAGUGGAGCCGAGAGGAGACGAGAGGAGCCGAGAGGAGACGAGAGGAGACGAGAGGAGACGAGAGGAGACGAGAGGAGACGAGAGGAGACGAGAGGAGACGAGAGGAGACGAGAGGAGCCGAGAGGAGACGAGUGGAGACGAGAGGAGACGAGAGGAGCCGAGAGGAGACGAGAGGAGACGAGAGGAGACGAGAGGAGCCGAGAGGAGACGAGUGGAGCCGAGAGGAGACGAGAGGAGACGAGAGAGGAGACGAGAGGAGCCGAGAGGAGACGAGAGGAGACGAGAGGAGACGAGAGGAGACGAGAGGAGCCGAGAGGAGACGAGAGGAGACGAGAGGAGACGAGAGGAGCCGAGAGGAGACGAGAGGAGCCGAGAGGAGAUGAGAGGAGACGAGAGGAGACGAGAGGAGCCGAGAGGAGACGAGAGGAGCCGAGAGGAGACGAGAGGAGCCGAGAGGAGACGAGAGGAGACGAGAGGAGCCCAGAGGAGACGAGAGGAGACGAGAGGAGCCGAGAGGAGACGAGAGGAGACGAGAGGAGACGAGUGGAGACGAGUGGAGCCGAGAGGAGACGAGAGACGUCCCAGAGGAGACGAGAGGAGACGAGAGGAGACGAGAGGAGACGAGAGGAGACGAGUGGAGACAAGUGGAGCCGAGAGGAGACGAGAGACGUCCCAGAGGAGACGAGAGGAGACGAGAGGAGACGAGAGGAGACGAGAGGAGCCGAGAGGAGACGAGAGUAGACGAGAGGAGCCGAGAGGAGAUGAGAGGAGACGAGAGGAGCCGAGAGGAGACGAGAGGAGACGAGAGGAGCCGAGAGGAGACGAGAGGAGCCGAGAGGAGACGAGAGGAGCCCAGAGGAGACGAGAGGAGACGAGAGGAGACGAGAGGAGACGAGAGGAGACGAGAGGAGACGAGUGGAGCCGAGAGGAGCCGAGAGGAGCCGAGAGGAGACGAGAGGAGCCGAGAGGAGACGAGAGGAGCCGAGAGGAGACGAGAGGAGACGAGAGGAGCCGAGAGGAGACGAGAGGAGACGAGAGGAGACGAGAGGAGACGAGAGGAGACGAGUGGAGACGAGAGGAGACGAGAGGAGACGAGUGGAGCCGAGAGGAAACGAGAGGAGCAGGGAGGAGACGAGAGGAGACGAGAGGAGACGAGUGGAGACGAGAGGAGACGAGAGGAGCCGAGAGGAGACGAGAGGAGACGAGAGGAGCCGAGAGGAGACGAGAGGAGCCGAGAGGAGACGAGAGACGUCCCCAGAGGAGACGAGAGGAGACGAGAGGAGACGAGAGGAGCCGAGAGGAGACGAGAGGAGCCGAGAGGAGACGAGAGGAUCCGAGAGGAGACGAGAGGAGACGAGAGGAUCCGAGAGGAGACGAGAGGAGACGAGAGGAGCCGAGAGGAGACGAGAGGAGACGAGAGGAGACGAGAGGAGACGAGAGGAGACGAGUGGAGACGAGAGGAGACGAGAGGAGACGAGUGGAGCCGAGAGGAAACGAGAGGAGCAGGGAGGAGACGAGAGGAGACGAGAGGAGACGAGUGGAGACGAGAGGAGACGAGAGGAGCCGAGAGGAGACGAGAGGAGACGAGAGGAGCCGAGAGGAGACGAGAGGAGCCGAGAGGAGACGAGAGACGUCCCAGAGGAGACGAGAGGAGACGAGAGGAGACGAGAGGAGCCGAGAGGAGACGAGAGGAGACGAGAGACGUCCCAGAGGAGACGAGAGGAGACGAGAGGAGACGAGAGGAGACGAGAGGAGACGAGAGGAGACGAGAGGAGACGAGAGGAGACGAGAGGAGACGAGAGGAUCCGAGAGGAGACGAGAGGAGACGAGAGGAGACGAGAGGAGACGAGAGGAGCCGAGAGGAGACGAGAGGAUCCGAGAGGAGACGAGAGGAGACGAGAGGAUCCGAGAGGAGACGAGAGGAGACGAGAGGAGACGAGAGGAGACGAGAGGAGACGAGAGGAGCAGGGAGGAGCAGGGAGUGUCUUUGGAAUGA